UCCUGGCGACUGUUACCCAUCAACAACAACUACUCCUCUCCUCCUCCUCCUCCUCUUCCUCCUCCUCCUCCCCACCACCACCAUCUCCAUCACCCACCAACAACACCACAAUAAUCCACAGCCAAGAGACCAUCAUGCAGACUUCAGAGACGGGUUCAGACACAGGUUCGACAGUGACUCUACAGACAUCUGUGGCUAGCCAAGCAGCAGUGCCUACACAGGUGGUACAGCAAGUGCCAGUCCAGCAGCAGGUGCAGCAGGUCCAGACAGUUCAGCAGGUCCAACAUGUCUACCCAGCUCAGGUGCAGUAUGUGGAAGGAAGUGAUACUGUCUACACCAACGGAGCAAUCCGAACAACAACUUACCCUUACACAGAAACACAGAUGUACAGCCAGAACACUGGAGGAAACUACUUUGAUACUCAAGGAAGUUCUGCACAGGUGACUACUGUGGUGUCCUCCCACAGUAUGGUGGGCACUGGCGGCAUUCAGAUGGGCGUCACUGGAGGACAACUCAUCAGCAGCUCGGGAGGGACCUACCUGAUUGGCAACUCCAUGGAGAAUUCUGGUCAUGCUGUGACACACACGACUCGGGCCUCCCCAGCUACAAUUGAAAUGGCGAUUGAGACGCUGCAAAAGUCUGACGGUCUGUCCACUCACAGAAGCUCUCUUCUCAACAGCCAUCUCCAGUGGCUGUUGGACAAUUAUGAGACAGCAGAAGGAGUGAGCCUUCCAAGAAGCACUCUGUACAACCACUAUCUUCGACACUGUCAGGAACACAAACUGGACCCAGUCAACGCUGCCUCUUUUGGAAAACUAAUAAGGUCCAUUUUUAUGGGGCUACGAACUAGGAGAUUAGGCACUAGAGGAAACUCCAAGUACCAUUAUUAUGGGAUUCGUGUGAAGCCAGAUUCUCCUCUUAACCGUCUACAGGAAGAUAUGCAGUACAUGGCGAUGAGACAGCAGCCCAUGCAGCAGAAGCAAAGGUACAAGCCUAUGCAGAAAGUGGAUGGGGUUGCAGAUGGUUUCACAGGAAGUGGCCAACAGACAGGCACAUCUGUUGAGCAAACUGUAAUUGCCCAAAGUCAACAUCAUCAACAGUUUUUAGAUGCAUCUCGAGCACUUCCAGAGUUUGGAGAAGUUGAAAUCUCUUCUCUGCCAGAUGGUACUACCUUUGAGGAUAUCAAAUCACUGCAGAGUCUUUAUCGAGAGCACUGUGAGGCAAUAUUGGACGUUGUUGUGAAUCUUCAGUUUAGCCUGAUAGAAAAAUUGUGGCAAACAUUCUGGCGCUAUUCUCCCUCUACUCCAACUGACGGCACUACUAUUACUGAAUCAAGCAAUCUGAGUGAAAUAGAAAGUCGACUUCCGAAAGCAAAGCUGAUAACUCUGUGCAAACAUGAGUCUAUCCUGAAAUGGAUGUGUAACUGUGACCAUGGGAUGUACCAGGCUCUGGUGGAGAUUCUCAUCCCCGACGUCCUUAGACCCAUUCCUAGUGCCUUGACCCAAGCCAUUCGAAAUUUUGCAAAAAGCCUUGAAGGUUGGCUUUCAAAUGCCAUGAACAAUAUUCCACAGAGAAUGAUUCAAACCAAGGUUGCCGCUGUAAGUGCCUUUGCCCAGACUCUGCGAAGAUACACAUCGCUCAAUCACCUGGCCCAGGCAGCCCGCGCCGUGCUUCAGAACACUUCCCAGAUCAACCAGAUGCUCAGUGACCUCAACCGCGUUGACUUUGCCAAUGUCCAGGAGCAGGCUUCCUGGGUGUGCCAGUGUGAUGACAACAUGGUUCAGAGACUAGAGACUGACUUCAAGAUGACCCUUCAGCAGCAGAGCACUCUGGAGCAGUGGGCAGCGUGGCUGGACAACGUGAUGAUGCAAGCGCUGAAGCCCUAUGAAGGAAGACCCAGCUUCCCUAAAGCUGCCAGGCAGUUUCUGCUCAAAUGGUCUUUCUACAGCUCAAUGGUUAUCCGGGACUUAACCUUGCGCAGUGCUGCUAGCUUUGGCUCCUUUCACCUGAUCCGGCUGCUGUAUGACGAGUACAUGUUCUACCUCGUAGAGCACCGUGUUGCUCAGGCGACGGGGGAGACACCGAUAGCAGUGAUGGGCGAGUUUGGUGAUUUAAAUGCUGUAUCUCCUGGAAAUCUGGAUAAAGAUGAGGGCAGUGAAGUUGAAAGUGAGAUGGAUGAAGACCUGGAUGACUCUUCAGAGCCUCAGGCCAAAAGAGAGAAAACAGAGCUGAGCCAGGCAUUCCCAGUGGGCUGCCUGCAGCCCGUGCUGGAGAGUGGUGUGCAGCCCAGCCUCCUGAACCCCCUCCACAGCGAGCACAUCGUCACGAGUACACAGACCAUCAGGCAGUGCAGCGCCACGGGCAACACCUACACUGCAGUCUAACGGCAGGAAAGCAGGUUUCGCCGGCUCACUUCCCCCGAUGGUACUGGGCUUAAGCUGAAAUUCUAACAGGCCUGAAGGCUGACUGUUGUCAAAAGUCUAUCUGUGCUGAACAUUACCUUUUCGGAGUUGUGAAAUGGAAUGGGUGUAUGUAUUUUUCCAGGUCUUUUUUUUUUUUUUUUUUAACACAAAUGAUUUGCCUUUUAAUAAUAAGAGUUUCUCCCCGCCCCUUUUAGUUUCAGGUGUCAAGAAGG